CGCUCGGCGACCGGGGCCCGCUCGCGAACCCAAACAACCCCGACCGUCCCUGUUGCUGCCUCGAUUUGUUGACAAUGCCUGGGCCACGUUAACCGGUCCUCGAACAUGAGCUUUCGACGACUGAGUCGCGCGACAAACCUCGACACCCCUACACGGUGACGACCCUGAUUUCAGAUUCCACCACAAAGCUGCCGCCACCUAGGGUUCUUGGCGCACGACUCGCUCGCGCGGGGCGCAUUGGGUUCUUCUCUCUGCUGGGCAGAUCGAGGAUGGCCGCCGCUGGCCCGCGCCCUUGUUCUUCUUCUCUAUCUCGGAUGCAGCCUCGAGAAUCCCUCCUUGUUAUUUCGUCGUCGCCUGAGUUCCCCUCAAUUUGCGACCUCCUUCCGACCAAGAAACCGGCGUUGCGCAGUGGCAGCAAUGGCGCGCCAAUCCCCCGGGAUGCGCCUGCGGGCUUCACAAGCGCAGCUCAAGUUUGGCAGUCACCACGUGUUUCCAAUGAACAUAUUAACGUGUCGUCGGACCCCAACGCGCUCCGGAGCGCGGCGCCAGCGAAACCAAUGGUCGAUACUGCGGCGGAAGUAUCAUUUGAGCCUGCCGUGGCGGCCGUGGACGCUGGGUUAAGAAUGGAGGCGGGAUCGAAACCAGCAGGCGCAAAAAGGGUAACGAAGAAGACGGAACAAUCGCGAUGUCAAAAUACCAGGAAGGGCGCCCUGACCGAAGUCUCGGCUGCAGAGACUAACCUUCCCAAAAAGUCCGGAAGGAAGCCUAGGUCGAAGAAGGACUCGGCGGUGUUGGCGCAAUCCACGCUGCCGCAGGGGAAGGUCACCAAGCCCCGGGCAGAAUGCGGGCAGCCCAAACGCAAGGCAGAGACUGUCAGCAGGCAUUUUGCUCCUCAAAUCUCAGCGCCGGAAGCGGUACCUAAACUCAUGGCUGAUCCGAUAGAAGAUGAGGUGGUGAUUCUCGAACCAGCAAUGAAGCGGAGGUUGGACUGGACGCCCCCUCGCGAAAGUCUCUCUACGCCUCGUGUUGUGGAUACCCCUGCGGCCAAAGAGCUCCCGUCCUCUGCCAGUCCCGUUCGGGUGAACGUGUUCAAGAAUCUCCAGGACACGUAUGGUCGGCCAUCCGAAACCGCUAUACUUACUGAGGAAGAUGAUUCUACGGGGGCGACAACCGAUGUCCUCGGAAAGCGAAAGCUCAUUGAGAUGGUCACCACUGGCGGGAACAGACCGGAAACUCCCGAGGUCUCCCCCAGCAAGCCUAAAGCGGCGAAGAAGAAGCCACGGACUAUCACCGAGCUGGCCACGGCAGCCUAUCGUCAACCAGAUGAGCACACAGUCCUGUCCGACAAACCCAAACAGGACACCCUCCUUGGCUACCUUGACGUCACAGACGGGGAGACAGCGGCGGCUGCUAAGAGUGAGGCAAAGACGGCAAAAAUGGGAAGACGCCCAGCGAAACCGAAACCAAAGCCGGCCAAGACGAGAGAAGAAAAGCGCAGGCCAUUACUUCUGUCGCCAGCGAGCGCCAUGCGGCAGGUCGCUAGGCAGGACUUCGUAUUUGGGACUGCGAGCCAGUUGGCCGCCGAGGAUGAUCCCGAGCUCCUCCGCGCCCUGCACGAGGCCAUGAUGGUGUCGAACCAAGCCGACAGCGACCCAUUCGCUGAUUCCAGUCCUGUGAAAGGCAGACUCGCCUUGCGAAGGAAGCCUGGAUCUGGCCUCUGGGCUGCCGGUGCCAGAGGCGAGGAUGGCGACCUCAUCGACCUGGAGGUUCUUGACCUGACGGGCUCUUCACCCUUGCCGCGCGACUAUUCCCUGCCACAGGCGCCAUCCCCAAGCCACAAAGCAGCAGCCCAAGGACCGUCAACCAAGGAGACUUGCAUUGAGAUCGGCUCAUCUGACACCUCCUUGGACCUCAGCGCCUCUCCUCCGUUCCUCCACGUCCGGUCAUCCUCCCCUUCAGUGGCACCCGCAGGUGCUCGAAUUAGCACAGCGUCUGAGGGCGACAAGUCUUCGGACCACGGACAAAAGCACCCGCCGAGCGCUCCGCGUGAGGCCGACUUCGAACCGCCGCCGAGUAACCAGGAACAGCACCAGUUUCUGCUGUCUCAGCCUAAAAGUCUGGGGCAAGAGGAACUGGAACCACAGCCAAAGCCAAACUUCGAGCUAUACACGGACGCCCGGCUCGCCAAGGAAGUCGCUUCGUAUGGCUUCAAACCAGUCAAGAAACGGACGGCCAUGAUCGCGCUUUUGGAGCAGUGUUGGUCGAGCCAGCACACGCGGGGCCUUGCAAGUCGGUCGGCUCAGGCUCCUAUGUCUACGUCAUCCACGAAGCAAACUGCCUCCCCAUCCCGGACCAGAGGCCGACCAAGGAAGAACUCUGCGAUGUCAACCUCGGAUGUUGCCGAAGCACCGGCUCCCACCAAGCGGGGGAGGAAGAAGUCUUCCUCGGUAACCGAGAGCGAGGUCGAGGCACCGCAAGCCGAAAAGCGACCUCGGGGGAGGCCCAAAAAGGCCACCGCUGCAGCUGCGGCGAAUCAGUCCAAGGCGAAAGCGCCUGCGUCUCCGAAACGGUCCAAGUCGCCACCAAAGCCAGCCGCACCGGCCCCGGCCACACCGAAGCGCCGUAAAGCGCCCGCGAAAGAAGUGGUUGAGAUCGCGGACUCCGAGUCCGACUCCGACUCGGACGACCCCUUCGCCUCCUCCCCCAUCACCUCCCCGGACAAGCAAGACGACGUCUUUUCCCCGCCAGCAGUGGACCUCUCGGUCACGGAGGACACCGAGACCUCGCUCGUGGCCAGCCCGACGGACCAGCAGGUGUCGCUCUUCCGGUACAUCACGCAGGCGGUGGUCACGGCGCCGCGGGCGAAGGACCCGGCGAACCCGUCGUGGCACGAGAAGAUGCUGAUGUACGACCCGAUCAUCCUGGAGGAUCUGACCGCCUGGCUCAACUCGGGCCAGCUCGACCGGGUGGGGUACGACGGGGAGGUGGCCCCCGGGGAUGUGAAGAAGUGGUGCGAGAGCAAGAGCGUGUGUUGCCUGUGGAGAGUGAGCUUGAAUGGGAAGGAGAGGAAGCGGUUUUGAGGGUCGUGGGCUGCCAAUGAAAUGGGACGGGUUGGGCUGGAGCAUGACUGCUUGGCAGGGCUGACAGGGGUUGGAUUCCUGCCGCGCUUAGGUACUGCGUGCCACGAUCGGCAUUAGCCAGCACUUUGGUUUAUAUGUACUGUACGGCUCCUUUUCUACCACCAGCAACGAAGACAUGCAUUGUUUCAUGACACUGCGUCGGUUCUGGGCUCCGUUGCGGGGCCCCUUAUUUCCCCAGUUCGGCGCUGAGUGGGGCGGAUGCGGGGAGUCGCACCGCGUGCCUCGGUUC